AUGAUCUCCCACUGGGGACAGAGGUUUGAGCUCCCGAAGGUGUCUCCUCGCUUCACCUGGACUCAGCUCUCUGACGGAGCCAUGAUCUCCCACUGGGGACAGAGGUUUGAGCUCCCGAAGAGCAAAGCAGGGGGAGUGAAAGGCCUGCUGUCUCCUGAGGGGCCGAGGAGCGUAGGGCUGAGUCAUGGCUCCAGUCCUUCUGCUGCUUGCAACACUGAGGAGGACAAGAUUAUUGGUACUAACUCCAUCCGCCACAACCUGUCUCUCCACACUCGGUUUGUCCGUGUCCAGAAUGAGGGGACAGGGAAGAGUUCCUGGUGGAUGCUGAACCCAGAGGGAGGGAAGAUGGGGAAGGGACCGCGACGACGCGCCGCCACAAUUGACUGCCCCAACGGCACCAAGUACCUGAAGAGUAAAGGACGGGCCAGGGGUAAGAGGCUUGGAGCCGGAGCUGGCAGUGGAGCUGUUGGUCGGGGCAGGCGGCAGGGUUACGGCCUGGGUCACGGGGCUCGACCGGGGAUGCAUCAGGGGUCUCCGGAGCAUGGUAGUCCUGCAGGGAAGGGCGGAGCAGGGGUGGGAGGAGAGGAGUACGAUGCCUGGACAGAUCUCCACUCCCGGACCUCCUCUUCGGCUUCGACACUUAGUGGCUGCCUUUCUCCCAUCCUGGCCGAGGCUGAGCCAGAUGAGCCAGAGGAAGGAGGCCUUUCCUGCUCCACCUCCCCCCGCCUCUAUCCUAGCCCUACCGCAACUCGCUCUCCUGCCCUGGGCACUGGGGGGCACUGCCCAGGAACCUCCUUGGAGCUGCCCCAACUCACUGACCUGACUGGGGCUAUCAGCCUGGAAGAGGGCUACCCCCACCCCCAGAACCACCAAACCCAGCCUCGUAACGGCUACCCCAGCCCCUACGGCACCGGCCCCAAGGGGGAAGGCUCCUACUGCGGCCCCGUCUACGGGCAGCCGCCCCUGGGCAUGCUGCAGCUCCAUGCCCCCAUGCCCAUGCAGACCAUUCAGGAGAACAAGCGAGCCAGCUUCCAGCGCCCCCUGAGGGCCUACUCAGAGAACAAUGCACUGCAGAGCCUGCUGACCGGAGGGCCUGGAGGUCCUCAGUACUGCAGUAAGGACAUGGUCACACUGGGAGGGCAAGGGGGGGAGUCACACACGCUGCUGACCCAGGUAACCAACGGGGUUCACAGCCACAAUCAUAGCCAUAGCAACCAUAAUCAUAAUAACCACGAGCAUGGACACAAUUCAGGCCCACACAAUGGUCACGGCUCAGUUCAUGACCAGAACCCCAGCGGUCAUCUUCAGAAUGGCCUCCACAAUCAUGGUCAACCCAACCUGGACUAUAACCAUAGCCACAAACAACACCUCAGCCCGGCCACUGACUACAACCAGAGUCACAACCACAAACUGAACACAAGCCAUGACCACACUCACCAGUCCAACCAGGGUCACCUCCACGGUCACCUCCAGGGUGGACCCAGACCUCCAGCCCUCCAGGCUCUUUCUCCCAGAGUCAACACAGACAUCCUGCAGCCCUACAGCCUCAAAACCCCCACCCCAACUCCUAGCCACUAUGGCCCCCUCACCCCCCACCUCCCCACCCCCAACCCCUCGUCCCUUCCCCCAACCCUGCCUCUGUUCUCGACAUACCCCAGGACCCCUGCCUCCGGCUGGCCUCCGCCCCGGCACCUCACCCCCACCCUCGCCACCAGCCCUACCCCGGUACCACCUACCACCAGGGUAUAACUAUGACUGACUCCUGGCAUGGCUACUACCACCACACUCUCCACCCCACCCAGAACUACCAGGGCCACCCCCACCACAGCACUCACCACCCCAGCCGCAUGGCUCCAGACCUGGAUGUAAACGUAGACAUUCUCCCCAGCAGCCUAGACUGUGACGUGGAGUCCAUCCACCUCAAUGACUUCAUGGACACAGAGGGGAUGGGGAUGGACUUCAACUUUGACGGCUCCCUGUCUCAAGGAGUGGGCAUGGGCAUGAGCAUAGCCGCUUUCGCCGGAGCGCCGCAGGGACAUCACAGCCAGAACUGGGUGCCUGGGUGAAGGGGAUUGGUCAGGGAAGCCCAAGGACCAAUCAGGACACAGCAGAAAAGCUUUUACCCACAAGGUCGAGCUGCAGAGGUCAGAGGUUAGGGAUCAGGGUCGGAGCGUACCCUUGGACUGACUGAUUGACUGUGAUGCUUAAUGCUCCAAGACAAAAUAACUGAAUGUGUCUUGUCAUGUUGUUUCCUGAGGGUCUCUUUAACUGUACAAUCUAUGUUCUCUCAUUCUUUCUCUUCCUCUCUCUUUGUUCAUUCUAUCCCUUUCUCUCCCUCUCUCUGUGUUCUCUUUCUCAUUCCUUCUACACUCUAGUGGUGCCACAGCACCCUCCCAGCUCUGUGCUAUCCCCCUGGUUCAUGUCCUUCAGUUUGUCUGCUCUACUUUAUCAAUAAUUUCUUGGCCAUCCAUAAGCUCUCAAGCACUUUUACAUCCGUCACUUUCAAAACAGAUGCAGUAUAACAAAGACCAGGGGAAAGUCAGUCUCUGUUGGCUUAAGUUGAAUUUAUGCAAACCCCUUUAUUAUCCAUCUCUUCUUAUAAAAAAGAGAGAGGCGGUAUCUUACUUGAGAACAGGAUCAAAGAACUGCAUAAAUAAAUGGGUUCAGCAGGUUGAGAUGCGGGUGCUUUUCAGAAUGUUUUGCAUACUGGUUGGAAAGUAGGGAGGUCGGGUGGAUGGAAGGAGGGAUGGAUGCAGGGUAGGAAGAGGGGGUUGGCUGCACCAGGGUCAGUGCAAAUUCUCCUUCUUCCUCAAUGAUGGAGGGAUGAAAAGAGGCAGGGAUAGAGGGAUGGAGGGAUGGAUUAAGGUCAGGAGUUCUCCAUCUCCCUGGUGGUGUCACCCACAAUAGAUGGAUGGAGGAAAAUGGAUGGAGGAUACAUAGAGGAUAGAUUGAGGAUAAGGUUGGUUGGUUGUUGUGUGCCCCAGUGUGGUCCAGGAGGACAGCCAUCCAUCAGACAGCCUUCAUCACCAACUAGUUAAGUGCACGAUCUCCUCUUUAAUCUGUUGGAGUAAUGCGAUGGUGAUGCAUCACUAUUGCAAAUGUAAUGUGUUGCUCCCCCCUCCCAUUCACCUCCAUCCGCGGACACACACACACACGCACGCACGCACGCACGCACGCACGCACGCACGCACGCACGCAAACACACACACACACACACACACACACACACACACACACACACACACACACACACACACACACACACACACACACACACACACACACACACACACACACACACACACACACACACACACACACACACACACUCACUCUCACCUCCGGACAGACUUUGUCAAGGCUUAAUGUGUUUUGGCCAAAGUGAUGAUUAAGGUCACUGUGCACUAAAUAGCGGAGGAGGUAGAGAUGGAGGGAUGAGGGAGGAAAGAAGAAAUGCUAAUAUUCCCUCUGUGCCUCUUCCUCUCCAUUUGGUGGAUUUAUGUAGCUUUCCCCAUAAUGAAAUGAGGAGUGAUCAGGUCCUAUCCUCUCUGCAUCCCUUCCUCCCUGCCUCCCAUCCUCCCAUUCUCCCUUCCUCCCUGCCUCCCAUCCUCUCUGCCUCCCUGCCUCCCUGCCUCCAAUCCUCUCUGCCUCACUGCCUCCCUGCCUCCCAUCCUCUCUGCCUCCCUGCCUCCCUGCCUCCCAUCCUCCCUGCCUCCCUGCCUCCCAUCCUCCCUGCCUCCCAUCCUCUCUGCUUCCCUGCCUCCCAUCCUCCCAUCCUCCCUGCCUCCCAUCCUCGUGCCUCCCAUCCUCACUGCCUCCCUGCCUCCCAUCCUCCCUGCCUCCCUGCCUCCCAUCCUCCCUGCCUCCCUGCUUCCCAUCCUCCCUGCCUCUCUGACUCCCAUCCUCCCUGCCUCCCUGACUCCCAUCCUCCCUACCUCCCUGACUCCCAUCCUCUCUGCCUCCCAUCCUCUCUGCAUCCCUGCCUCCCUGACUCCCAUCCUCCCUGCAUCCCAUCCUCCCUGCCUCCCAUCCUCCCUGUCUCCCAUCCUCCCUGCCUCAUAUCCUCCCUGCAUCCCUGCCUCCCUCCUCCCUGCAUCCCUGCCUCCCAUCCUCCCUGCCUGCCUGCCUCCCAUCCUCCCUGCCUCCCAUCCUCCCUGCCUCCCAUCCUCCCUGUAUCCCUGCCUCCCAUCCUCCCUGUAUCCCUGCAUCCCUUCCUCCCUGCCUCCCAUCCUCCCAUUCUCCCUGCCUCCCUGCCUCCCAUCCUCCCUGCCUCCCAUCCUCCCAUCCUCUCUGCCUCCCUGCCUCCCUGCCUCCAAUCCUCUCUGCCUCACUGCCUCCCUGCCUCCCAUCCUCCCAUCCUCUCUGCCUCCCUGCCUCCCUGCCUCCCAUCCUCCCUGCCUCCCAUCCUCCCUGCCUCCCAUCCUCUCUGCUUCCCUGCCUCCCAUCCUCCCAUCCUCCCUGCCUCCCAUCCUCGUGCCUCCCAUCCUCACUGUCUCCCUGCCUCCCAUCCUCCCUGCCUCCCAUCCUCCCUGCCUCUCUGACUCCCAUCCUCCCUGCCUCCCUGACUCCCAUCCUCCCUGCCUCCCUGACUCCCAUCCUCCCUGCCUCCCAUCCUCUCUGCAUCCCUGCCUCCCUGACUCCCAUCCUCCCUGCAUCCCAUCCUCCCUGCCUCCCAUCCUCCCUGUCUCCCGUCCUCCCUGCCUCAUAUCCUCCCUGCAUCCCUGCCUCCCUCCUCCCUGCAUCCCUGCCUCCCAUCCUCCCUACCUGCCUGCCUCCCAUCCUCCCUGUCUCCCAUCCUCCCUGCCUCCCAUCCUCCCAUCCUCCCUGCCUCCCAUCCUCCCUGCCUGCCUGCCUCCCAUCCUCCCUGCCUCCCAUCCUCCCUGCCUCCCAUCCUCCCUGUAUCCCUGCAUCCCAUCCUCCCUGCCUCCCAUCCUCCCUGCCUCCGAUCCUCCCUGCCUGCCUGCCUGCCUCCCUGCCUCCCAUCCUCCCUGCCUCCCAUCCUCCCUGUAUACCUGCAUCCCAUCCUCCCUGCUUCCCAUCCUCCCUGCCUCCCAUCCUCCCUGCCUCCGAUCCUCCCUGCCUCCCAUCCUCCGUGCCUCCCUGCAUCCCAUCCUCCCUGCCUCCCUGCCUGCUCUGCUUCAUGAAUAGGGUUCUCAUUCAACCCCAGCCUGGCUGCUUCCUCCAGCUGACCAACCACACAACACAACAGUUUACGCAGUCUAGAGUAUGUCCUAAAUGGUGCCCUCCUAAUUUUGGACCCUAUUCCCUCUACACAGCACACAUUUUGAACAGAGCCUCUAACGACAUCAACUCAGUCAUCAGUAUUCAGUAACCAUUAGUUAAAUCUGAAUUGGUACAAUAUCUCCUACUGCACUAAAACCUAAGCUUCUGGCCAAAAGUAGUGCCCUAGGUCUGCCCUAGGUUACUGUUAUUGGACUUGAUGUCCUCAGUCCUUUGACCUCAGUGCAGCCUCCUUUGUCCCAUCCUCCAUUCCACCUCUCACACUGGAGUUUAAAGCCUGACAUGUUUUACACUAGUGAAUUGGCACACUGAUUAACACAGUCAGCAAGAUAACAAUUAUUUGUUGCUAUCUUCCUUUCACAGGCCCUUUCCUCCUCUCCCUCUCUCUCUCUCUCUCUCUCUUUCUCUCUCAUGUAUGCUCUCUGUCUUUCUGUCUCUUUGUCCCUCUCUCUCUCGCUCCCUCCGUCUCUCUUCUUCUAUCACAUCCUCUCAUCCAGAGGUUAGAUGAAGGGGAAACAACAAUAAUUAACCGGCUAAAGAGAUCAAUUAUUUAUCAUUUUUAUUUCAUCCAAGUGGUGGUGUUUUCUCAUCUCAUCUUCAUGGCACCAGGUCAUAAUUCUCUCCGUUCAGAAAGCACAAGUGAGGUUUUUUGAGUUUAAGGUUAUGUGCAUCCAUUGAGAGGGGAAAGAAAGUGCUUGAACAACAAGGUCCUCCUCUAGUCUGGUCGCAGAUCACAUUGUGUUAAAUGUACAAAGAGCAUAGGAGUGGCUGGCUAUAAACAAACAGAUCUGGGAUCAAUCUAGUCCUUCCCCACUCCUCUCUUCAGAUUUCUAUCUGUUGCCUCGGUCUGGCUUUACUUUGCUGUUGUCUGUUUUUUUGUGGUCGUUCUGUUCUGUGAUCGUCAGUGAGGUCCUUUGUCUUGAUAGGGUGCUUUUUGUUCGCAGCAUUUCUAUUCUAAAGGGGGAGAGAGAGAGUCCUUGAGUCUUUUCAUAGCACCUGCCCUGCUCGAGAUCGAGAGAGAAGGAUUGAGAGGCAGAGAAGGAGAGAUAUUUUUAGGGUACAGGCUAGAAGGGAGGUAGAGGGACAAGGAGAGAACGAGGCAGAGAAAGGUAGAGAUAUGGGGAGGCUAGAAGGGAGGUAGAGGGAAGGAGAGAGAGAGGAGUAAGAGAGAGAGAGAGAGGCAGACUGUGAGACAGUAAUAUUUUCAAGCCGAGUAGCUUCCUGUGGAACUUGCCAUUUGAAUCAUGCCAAAUGUCAAGUGCUACUCUGCUGGCACCAACACACUAUGAUCAGAUAGCCAUGCUUCUGCUCUGAUCAGAUAACCAUGCUUCUGCUCUGAUCAGAUAACCAUGCUUCUGCUCUGAUCAGAUAACCAUGCUUCUGCUCUGAUCAGAUAACCAUGCUUCUGCUCUGAUCAGAUAACCAUGCUUCUGCUCUGAUCAAAGAGAAACAAAGAUGGGCAUCUUCACAGGGUUUUCUCUUCCUUUCAUUCGUCCUUUCUUUCUUUUUGACUUGAGAUGGCCUAUUGUUGUAACUCGACUGUAAUUUCGUAUCUGGCCCCAGUGUGCGCUUGCUUGUGUGUUGAGUUGUGUGUGUGUGUGAAGCACACAUGAUGAUGUACAAGAUGAUGUACAGAACUGAUGAUGGAAAUACAUUGCCCUGUAAUAUCACUUGUCCUGGUCUCCUUCAUGCCUGGUGAGGCAAAAUGUCAAAAAGGUUUAAAACACCUGCUCAUUCAAGGGUUUUUCUUUAUUUUAAAAAUUUUCUACAUUGUAGAAUAAUAGUGAAGACAUAAAAACUAUGAAAUAACACAUAUGUAAUCAUGUAGUAACCAUAAAAAGGUUAAACAAAUCAAAAUAUAUUUUAUAUUUGAGAUUCUUCAAAUAGCCACCCUUUGCCAUGAUGACAGCUUUGCACACUCUUGGCAUUCUCUCAACCAGCUUCACCUGGAAUGCUUUUCCCACAGUCUUGAAGGAGUUCCCACAUAUGGUGAGCACUUGUUGGCUUCACUCUGCGGUGCGACUCAUCCCAAACCAUCUCAAUUGGGUUGAGGUCGGGUGAUUGUUGAGGCCAGAUCAUCUGAUGCAGCACUUCAUCACUCUUCUUCUUGGUCAAAUAGCCCUUACACAGCCUGGAGGUGUGUUGGGUCAUUGUCAAGUGGAAAAACAAAUGAUAGUCCCACUAAGCCAAAACCAGAUUGGAUGGUGUAUCGCUGUAGAAUGCUGUGGUAGCCAUGCUGGUUAAGUGUGCCUUAAAUUCAAAAUACAUCAGAGACAGUGUCACCAGCAAAGCACCCCCACACCAUAACACCUCCUCCUCCAUGCUUUACAGUGGGAAAUACACAUGAGGAGAUAAUCCGUUCACCCACAUCGCAUCUCACAAUGACACGGCGGUUGGAACCAAAAAUCUACAAUUUGGAAUCCAGACCAAAGGACCAAUUUCCACCAGUCUAAUGUCCAUUGCUCAUGUUUCUUGGCCGAAGCAAGUCUCUUCUUAUUAUUGGUGUCCUUUAGUAGUGGUUUAUUUGCAGCAAUUCGACCAUGAAAGCCUGAUUCACACAGUCUCCUCUGAACAGUUGAUGUGUCUGUUACUUGAACUCUGUGAAGAAUUUAUUUGGGCUGCAAUUUCUGAGACUGGAAACUAUAAUUAACUUAUCCUCUGCAGCAGAGGUAACUCUGGGUCUUCCUUUCCUGUUGCGGUGCUCAUGAGAGCCAGUUUCAUCAUAGCGCUUUAUAGUUUUUGUGACUGCACGUGAAGAAACUUUCAAAGUGCUUUAAAUGUUCCGAAUUGACUGACCUUCGUGUUUUAAAGUAAUGAUGUGCUGUUGUUUCUCUUUGCUUAUUUGAGCUGUUCUUACGAUAAUAUGGACUUUGUCUUUUACCAAAUAGGGCUAUCUUUUGUAUACCCCCCUACCUUGUCACAACACAACUGAUUGGCUCAAACGCAUUAAAGAAGGAAAGAAAUUCCACAAAUUAACUUUUAAGAAGGGCAUCUGUUAAUUGAAAUGCAUUCCAGGUGACUACCUCAUGAAGCUGGUUGAGAGAAUGCUAAGAGUGUUCAAAGCUGUCAUCAAGACAAAGAAUGGCUAUUUGAAGACUUUCAAAUAUAAAAUAUAUUUAGAUUUGUUUAACACUUUUUUGGUUACUACAUGAUUCCAUAUGUGUUAUUUCAUAGUUUUGAUGUCUUCACUAUUAUUGUACAAUGUAGAAAAUAGGAAAAGUAAAGAAAAACUCUUGAAUGAGUUGGUACACACACACACACACACACACACACACACACACACACACACACACACACACACACACACACACACACACACACACACACACACACACACACACACACACACACACACACACACACACACACACACACACACACACACACACACACACACACACACACAGUUUAUAUUUAUUGGUAGAGAGGAUGGGUUCUGUGCUGUGGCCCUUUGGCCCCCCUCAGUCCCUCAUCAUCUUUAUUACAGAGACAUGAGGAUGCUUCUAUUACAAUCUCAUUCUGUACAUAAUCUAUAUUGGAGAAAAUUGUAUUAUAAUUUUUUUUGACAAGCAAAAUAUCAAUUUCUUUUCUAAAACGAUGUGUCUGAUCAUCUGUGACUAUAAAAUAAUAAAACAAAACAGAACAUA